UUUUCCAGCAUUUCGAUUUUCGGUCCAGUAUUGAGUAUUAAGUAAUUAUUUUUAAAUUGAAUAAAUUCUAAUUCCUGAUGAAUCAGGAUGAUAGAUGAUUGUAACAUUAAUAUUAAAUUAUAAUUUAUCAUCUGAAAUAAAAAUUAAUGCAACAUUCCGGAACACUGUGUUUAAUCUUGUUCCUGUUUUAAUAUGACCAUCCUAUAGCUGAAACGAUCUUGUGGAGUUGUAAAAGUAGCAGUACUGAGAGUACAGUACUCUUGGCAGAAUUCGAUCAUAAUUUACUAUGGCUCUGAUGGUGGAUUUCAAAUUGGUGAUUUCUCCUUGAAAUAAUCUGACCUUACUAACUGUCGUUGCGCUAAUCUGACUGGAGGGUCUUGUUGAUUGUUUGGCGCUGUGAAGAAGCAGUGCGGAUGGAGGCGCGUCGCCUGGACGCGGACGAGGCCCUGCAGCGAUGCCUGGUCCGCAUGCGCUCCCCCAACCUGGCCCACCAAUACCAAGGCCUGCAGAAUCUCAGAAAUCUGCUGCAAGCGCAUGACUGCUCGCCACGCCACCUGCUCAAGACCAACGCACUGCCGCUGUUAGUGGACGUGCUGGGACCCCAUGUCGAUGAGAGCCUGCAGCUGGAAGCGGCGUGGAUCGUGACAUUCCUGACGGCCAGCGACGCUGCAUGCUGUCUACCCCUCGUGGCGGACGGCGCGCUGCACGCCCUGCUGGAGCAGCUGGACUCGGCGCACCUGCCGGUGGUGCGGCAGGCCGCCGGCGCCCUGGCCAACCUGCUGGCCGACGACGCCGAGCUGCGCUGUGUCGCGCUGCAGGCCGGCCUCCUGGGGCGGUUGCGCGUGCUGCUGCAGGCCGCCACGCCGCGGCCGGUGCUGCGCCUCCUCAGCUGGCUGCUGCUCACCCUCGCCCGCCCCUCCCCGCCGCCCCUGCCCCUGGAGGUGGUCGAGGAGGUCCUGCCCAAGCUCUUGUGGAUGUCCUCGCUCGACGAUCACACGGUGCGGAUUAAUGCCAUUUGGAGUUUGACGUACUUGUCGGAAUCGUCGACGGAGACGGCGCAGCGUCUUGGUCAGGACGACAAGAUCGUGGUGUUGGUGAAGAAUGUGUCGGUGAAAGAGCGGAAUCAGUGCCUGUUUCCCUCGCUUCGGCUGCUGGCCAGCCUCUUGUGGGCCCUCCAGGGCGACGAUCUCGUCCCCUUCUGCGACUGCAUUCCCAAACUGGCCCACGUGCUCAACAACACCAACCGCCAGCUGCAAAAGUUGGCGCUGGUGUGUCUGGAGCGGAUGGCCACAAACUGCGCGCUGGGCGCGCUGAAGAUCGUGGGGAUUCCGGGUCUCUUGCGGCAGACGAUUGCCCAUGUACACAACAGAAAAGACGGCAGUGUGUCGCUGGAGGCCGUGCAGAUCGUGGGGCGCAUCGUGCAGUCGGGCACGAGGGAGCAGCUGGCGGCGGUGCUGGAGGCGGGGGCCCUCGAGGCGCUGGCGGCGGCGCUGGUCACCCGCGACACGGCCACGCUGCGCCGCGUGCUGACAGUGUUGGACCAACUAGUGCAGCUGCUGGCCGAAUGCGGCCUCUCAGGGACGGUGCGCGGUCGCCUGCAGGCGUCGCUCGGCUUGGUGCAUCUGGAGAAUCUGCAGUGCUCGGACGACGAGGUCGUGCAUAAGGCGGCCUGCGCCACGCUGGACCAGCUCUUCCACGCCGCCGACGCGAGUGAAAUUUGAAUUGGUACUCUGGAUUGUCUGGCAUCGGUGUGGAGAAUAAGACACCGGAAAUGGAGAUUUUCCCGAUUUUUGGGCAAUACUCGGUGAAUGCGCUACGCACAUGUACGCUCGGCAGUCGGCAGGUAGUAUUUGUUGUACCCCUGCAUGUUCUCUUUUAGCCGGAUUAUUUCUCGAGUUUAAUUUGUAAUUUUGUCGAUCUGAUUUUUUUUACAAACUGUGUACAUUAAAUUAAACUUAUGUGGAUGUGCGUGGCAUGAGCUUAUCUGUAGUCUGUACAUCGGCGGUUGUGCUGGUAUUUCUUGUUAUAAUAUUGGAAUUUUGAAUUUGAAACUUAACUGAAUUGCCUGCAUGAGUAGAAGUACUCGUACUGAAUUACAAUAACCGUUCACAAGUGUUGUAACCCACAGAUGAUGUUUCGACAGUGCCUAAAGUUUAAAAGUUAGCCACUGCUUUUUACUGGCUUUAUAGCCUUUUUUGCUACAGUAAUAUUUCUACGCGAUA